AAGUCGAUAAUAUCACUGUUGUAUUUAGAGUGAACGUAGGUGAAUUAACUGAGCUCAACACAUCGAUCUUAGAAGUCUCCCUUGUGACCAAAACCGAGGUUCUUCCGGUACGUUACUGAAAACAUGUCUCAUGCUUUUCAGAUGUUAUUGUUAUAAUUACAUGUAUUAUCAUUAUUAGGUGGUUUUAUAUAGUGCAGUACCCUAGAGUAGGCCUAGCCUCACUGAUAUAGCGCAGUACUCCAGCCUAUGGCUAGGCUCACUGAAUCAUCGCAGUACCCCAACCUAGGGUUAGUCUCACUGAAUCAUCGCAGUACCCCAACCUAGGGUUAGUCUCACUGAAUCAUCGCAGUACCCCAACCUAUGGCUAGGCUCACUGAAUCAUCGCAGUACCCCAAACUAGGGUUAGUCUCACUGAAUCAUCGCAGUACCCCACCUAGGGUUAGCCUCACAGAAUCAUCGCAGUACCCCAACCUAGGGUUAGUCUCACUGAAUCAUCGCAGUACCCCAACCUAGGGUUAGUCUAACUGAAUCAUCGCAGUACCCCAACAUAGGGUUAGUCUCACUGAAUCAUCGCAGUACCCUAACCUAGGGUUAGUCUCACCGCGCUUCGCAUACAAAUUAAAAAUAAAAAAACAAAAACCAUUAAAAAAAACAAUUUGUAAAAAAAAAAAAAAAAAAACUUGACCUAACCCACCCAAGAACUAUCUACCCUUGUCCAGCCAUGGACAGCAGCCAGCAGAAUCGAGCGUUGUCUAUCAGUCAGAGGUGGGGGUGAGAGAGAAUGAAUCGGUAUAGUACAGUUUGAAGAGAUGGGUCUUGAGGUCAGUUUUUAAGGCUGUGAUGGGCAUAACAUUGUAGAUGUGUAAUGGGAGAGAAUUCCACUGUAUCUGCAUGCACGACAAUUUGUUUUUGUUUUACUUUCUUUAGAAGUUAUGAUACCAUAAAGAGAAAAAUACAAAACUGUUACCAACACUUUCGGAUCGUCUAACGUAGCCACUAACAAUAUCUAUUUGAAAAGAAUUGGUGAUUUUUGUUGUUGUUGGUCUCUAAACAUAUGUAUUAUCCGAAAUAUCGAUGAGAUUCUUGUAUGGAAAUAGUAAGCUCCAGCUACCCGAUUGGUACGCCCAAAAUGUCUGCCCUGGCCUUCUACAAAUAAGUGGCUGCAGAAAUGCGCUAAUGAAAUUAAGUUUAAAAUACAUUUCUUUCAAUUCACUAUCACCAAGCCGGCUACGAUUCUUCCAAAAGAAAGUAAACUUAAAAGGUAACAAUAAAUUCGACUUAGUUGAAAAUAUUUUCUCACUUCAUGAAUUUUUUUUUUUUUUUUUUUUUUUUUUUCUUUUUUUUUGUAUCGUAGGAAACCGUAACAACUCUGCAUAAGUGGACAGGUCUCCCGCCUGAUGACGUCAUCGUUCAAGGUCCCUGCACGGAGAUUCCAUUCAUUGCAAGUGUUUUCCUUCUGAGGUGCGUACUACUGGUACGUUGUGAAAUGGGACAAGGCCAUAUCCUCCUGACGAUGGACCACCACGGAGAUGUGUACAAAAGUACAAUCGCCGAGAUCCCAAAAGUGUACCGUAUGUCACAUUUUCUAAUAUAGAUAUCAUUAUUUUUAGUAUUAGUGUAGGGUGGUCAAUUGAGAGGUUUGGCGUUUGUCUGAGUCCCACCGAUUUGGGCUGUCGGAGUCCCACCGAUUUGGGCUGUCGGAAUCCCACUUAUUUUCGCUUUCGGAGUCCAACCGAUUUGGGCUGCCGGAGUCCAGCCGAUUUGGGCUGUCGGAGUCCAACCGAUUAGAGCUGUCCGAGUCCAACCGAUUUGUGCUGCCGGAGUCCAACCGAUUUGGGCUGCCGGAGUCCAACCGAUUUGGGCUGUCGGAGUCCAACCGAUUUGGGCUGUCGGAGUCCAACCGAUUUGGGCUGUCGGAGUCCAACCUAUUUGGGCUGUCGGACUCCAACCGAUUUGGGCUGUCGGAGUCCAACCGAUUUGGGCUGUCCGAGUCCAACCGAUUUGGGCUCAUUGGGCUGUCGGAGUCCAACCGAUUUGGGCUGUCGGAGUCCAACCGAUUUGGGCUGUCGGAGUCCAACCGAUUUGGGCUGUCGGAGUCCAACCGAUUUGGGCUGUCGGAGUCCAACCGAUUUGGGCUCUCGGAGACCAACCGAUUUGGGCUCUCGGAGUCCAACAGAUUUGGGCUGUCGGAGUCCCACCUAUUUGGGCUGUCGGAGUCCCACCUAUUUGGGCUGUUGGAGACGAGCAAAAUGUCGCCUACGCCGAUCAAAUGUUCCGGCGUCUAUUGCUUUCAUUGUGUCAUGGUCAAGUUUCUGACUCUGGUCAAUACAAUUCAAGUCCGACCUCCAAGCCCAACCCGCCCGUCAUGGAUUUUCAAACGCUACAUUUCUUAAAGAACUUUUCUUUAUCCCAAUAUAUUUUUUAUCAAAAUGAUUUCUAAAAAUAUUUUUAGAACAAAACUGAUACGAUACAAAUUUAAUGAAUGCUAAAAAAAUAAAUAUAUAUAUAUAUUUAAAAUUUUCUCAGAGGUCAAAACAAUUUUUUAUGUCUCUAAAUAGAAUUUCGUGAAAUUUUUAAUUUCAACAACAAAAAACAACAAAACAAUAUAACAAACGAAACAAUAUAACAAACGAAACAAUAUAACAAACGAAACAAUAUAACAAACAAAACAAUAUAACAAACGAAACAAUAUAACAAACGAAACAAUAUAACAAACGAAACAAUAUAACAAACGAAACAAUAUAACAAACGAAACAAUAUAACAAACGAAACAAUAUAACAAACGAACAAACAAAACAAAAAUCUAGAAAUCAAAAUAGAUUUUUAAAAAAUGAUCUUUGAGAAUGUUUUCUUAUGAUCCGUCACGCUAAUAAUGCCAUUUCCAUUUAAUGAUUGGUACGUUUGACGGGAAAGAGGUACACGUUCUGGCGUUUGAAGAAACUACUUUAAAUACAUUCUUUCCAUUUUGGUUGAAAAUACUUAAUCGUAUCUACUAUUUAUUCUUCUACAUUAAGCGAUGUGUAGCAGUGGUUAUUCCGAAAGGAAAGGUAUAUAGUCGUUGUAUUAUAUUUUGUAAUUGCUUUGCAUGUGGUCAUUGUAUGGUAUGUGGUCAUUGUAUGAUUUGUGAACAUUGCUUGGUACGUGUUCAUUGUAGUCCAUGGGUUUUUUUUGUAUGGUCAUUGUAUUGUGUGCGUUCGUUGUAAGGGAUAUGUUCAUUGUAUACAAUGUGGUCAAUGUAUUUGGCCAUUGUGGUGCAUGAUGUCAUUGUAUUGCAUGUGGUUAUGUUCAUCAUUUUAUUGCAUGUGGUCACUGCAUUGUAUGUGAUAAUUAUAAUGUAUGUGUUCAUUGUAUUGUAUGUAGUCAUUGCAUGCUAUAUGGUCAUUUUAUGGAAUGUAGUCAUUGUAUGCAAUGUGGUCAAUGUUUGGGAUGUGGCUGUUGUAUUAGGUGUGGUCAUUGUAAGUUAUGUGGUCAUUGUACGGUAUUUGGUCACUGUAUGCCAUACAUGUGAAAGAUGUAUUCUUUGCAGUGCAUCUCACAAUAACUUUUGAAAUUAUUUUUUUCUGUCAGCUAACUGAAAUGUUAUAUCAUCUAUUUUAGCAUAAUUAAAAUAACUACAAUUUAACCCACCUACAAGUGAAGGCUCAUAAGCAACUUUACUAGUCGUGUAUUAUAUAGGCCUCUGGGUGACAUAACUUUCACUGAGUUAUAACUUUUUAAUCUGUGUAUAAUUUUUACUUAGGAUAUAUAUAUAUAUAUAUAUGUGUACAGAUUAAUAUAUAAAUAUAUAUUAACAUAUAUAUAUAGACAUAAAAGAAUUUAAAAAAAAAAUUUACAUUGCGAAUUUUAGGAAUAACGUUCUAUAUCAGUGGUUCUCAACCUUUCUAAUGACGCGAUCCUUUAAUACAGUUCCUUAUGUUGUGGCAACCCCCCAACCACAAAAUUAUUUUCGUUGACCCUUCAUAACUGUAAAGUACAUGUGUUUUCAGAGGGUCUUAGGUGACCCCUGUGAAAGGGUCGUGCGAACACCAUAGGGGUCGUUACCCACAUGCUGAGAACCGCUGUUCUGUAUAUAUUUUGGGGCACUUAUGCAAUCCUUAAAUUUUAUUCCAUCAUAUUUUCUAUCAAGUCAUCCUUUCAUUUUUUUUUUAAGCAGCUGUUCUUUUUUAUUUUAUGGUGAUUAGCUUCUGUUUUAGGCAAUAUUUAUUUAACCGCUGUUUGUUCAUCUCCACAAUGACGCAAUCAAGUUGACAAUUACACAGUGAAGAUCGACGGGAAGGAGCUGCCACAACACGAUGACUGUUCCAUGACGUUUAAAGGAGAAGCCGAUCCUUUGCUGGAGUUUUGCUUCGAAAAACACAACUCCCAUAUAUCGCUGGAGAUAGCGAGAGACGGAAAACACUAUGCCAAGUCAACAAACCGCUGUGUGGAAGUAAAAGUAAACAACAAAGAGAAGCUGACUGAGUUUGAGUUCACAAGCCAUGACUCGUGUGGCGUGCGUGGACGUCUGAAAUGUGAAUUUAGUGAGUUUGUACAGCUAGCAAUAAUACUUGGCAGAAAAGAAGGAAUGUGGAUGGGAAAAGAAAGCAAUUGCCAAUUUUGGGGGGAAAUGAAAUUUAUAGUUCAUUAUUCAUUUCAAUAAAGGUGCACGCCAUUUGUAGGAGAAUGGAAAAUGUAUAAAUGUAUGUAUGUAUGGCAUCUUUCCGUCUGCGGGAGACGAUAGAUUAUUUUUAUUGCUUGCAGCUCUUAACAAUUGUUGUGAAUGGUGAGACCAAUCCUCGAAUGGCAGUCUCUCUUACAUUUCCCACACACGAAUGAGGCGGAUCAGUAUUUAACGGCCUUCCUCCUCGCUCUUUUUGCAGCUGUUUCCACCCUGUUUUGAUCCUCGGCAUGUAGUGAUCCUGCAUUCACGAUGCCCCGCCAUGAGGAUCGAUCCUCUGCCAGCUCCUUCCAGUUUGAGAUGUCGAUGUUGGCCGUCUUCAUGUCUCUUUUGCAUAUGUCUAAGUAUCUCAGACGAGGCGUUCCAACUGACCUUUUCCCUGACGCAAGCUCGCUGUAUAGCACGUUCUUGGUAUGCGACCAGGUUGCAUUUGCUUGACGUGUUCAAGCAAGCGGAGGCCUCUUUGGAUUAACAUGGCUUGGACGCUAAGCAUGUUUGUUUGGGACAGGACUUCCGUGUUAGGGACAUUGUCUUGCCAUUUAAUGUCAAGGAUGUGGCGCAGGCAUCUGAGGCGAAAGCCACUGAGCCUUCUUUCGUGUUUAGAGUAUGUGGUCAACAACUCGCAUCCAUACAGAAAUGUGCUCAGUGCGCAGGCCUGGCACACCUGCAGCUUAGUUCUUGUUGUGCGUUUGGCGUUUGAUCAGACUUUUUUCUUCAGUCUGGCCAUAACAGUUGCGGUCUUCCCUAUCCUUCCACUUAUCUCAUCCUCCAUUGAGAGGGUGCUCGAUAUGUUGGAUCCCAGAUAUGUGAAUCUGUCAACAGUAUCCAAGUCGUAGUCGUCGAUGGCGAUAGUGGGGAGUGAGUCAGCGCCCUGUUCCAUAAUGUUAGUUUUCUUUAGGCUAAUUUUCAGGCCAAACUCUUUGCAGGCAGUGGAUAGGCUGAAUACGAGGCUCUGCAGGCCGUCUGCUGUGUGAGAUACCAAAGCGGCAACUUCUGCAAACAAGAACUCCCGCAGCAUGACCUUUCUUGUUUUAGUCUUAGCUCUAAAGCGGGCAAUGUUGAAAAAUUUGCCGUCAUCUCUAGUGUGGAUGUAUAUCCCCUCGCUGUUGUUCUGAAAGGCAUACUGGAUUAGGAUGGAGAAAAAAGAUUGCAAAUAAAGUAGGAGCCAGCACGCAACCUUGCUUUACUCCACUACUCACUGGAAAAGCUUCUGAGGCAGCACCAUUAUAACACACUGUGCCAUGCAUGUUUUCGUGGAACUGCUUGAUGAUGUUAAGCAGUCGUGUAGGGCAGCCUAUUUUUUUGAGGAUCUCAAACAGGCCGUUUCUGCUGACAAGAUCAAAAGCCUUAGUGAGUUCGACAAACGCAAUGUAUAAAGGCAUAUAUUGCUCCCUGCACUUCUCCUGCAGCUGGCGCAGAGAGAAAAUCAAGUCUAUGGUUGACCUACCAGCGCAAAAACACAUUGCGAUUCUGGGAGUACACCCGAUGAUAGGGUCUUUAGGCGUGUUAUUGCAACUCGGGCGAAAGCCUUUCCAACUAUGCUGAGGAGGGACAUUCCACGAUAGUUGUUGCAGUCACUCUUGUCUCCUUUAUUUUUGUACAAUGUAACGAUGUUUUCAGCUUUCAACCCAUGUGGUAGCUGUGCCUGUUCCCAGCACAGAGUAAGGAGAUCGUGCAAGGGCCGUAAUAGUACUCCUAAAUGUAUAAAUAGUAAUCGAUUUAUCGUGCUAUCUAAACAAAUAAAAUAUCACUUCAUUUAACAGUGAGAUUUUAACCAUUGGCACAAAAUUAUUUAUGACAAUACUGCUGGGGAACAGAACCCGGGCACGUUAAGAUGAAGCCUUAAAAAUCUUUGUUGUGUCACCUUUGAAGCUGGCAACUUUAGUAGAGGUGAUACGGUGAUCUAGAUGUAUCAGCAUAGUUAUUUUUUAUUUGUACGCCUUUGUUUCUGACAAUCUCUUUCACGUCAUCAGAUUUCCACAUUAUAAAAACAAAUGACAGCAUUAAAGCUAAGCGCAAAACAAAUGACUUCAUUAAAGCUAAACACAAACAACUGACUUAAAGAAAGCUAAACACAAAAUAUGACAAAAUUAAAGUUUAACACAAGACAAAUGACCGAAUGAAAUAUAAACACAAAACAAAUGACCUAUUGAAAGCUAAAUACAAAACAAAUGACAGAAUGUAAGCUAAACACAAAAGAAUUUACGGAAUGAAAGCUAAACACAAAAAAGGACCUAAUGAAAGCUAGAUACAAAGCAAAUGACCUAAUGAAAAUUAAACACAAAAAAAUGAAUUUUAAAAGCUAAACACAAAAUAAUUUAGGCAAUGAAAGCUAAAUAAAAAAUCAAAUGUCAAUACAAAAGCUUAACAAAACAAAUAACAGAAUGAAAGGUAAACACAAAACAAUUUAGGCAAUGAAAGGUAAACACAAAACAAUUUAGGCAAUGAAAGGUAAACACAAAACAAUUUAGGCAAUGAAAGGUAAACACAAAACAAUUUAGGCAAUGAAAGGUAAACACAAAACAAUUUAGGAAAUGAAAGGUAAACACAAAACAAUUUAGGCAAUGAAAGGUAAACACAAAACAAUUUAGGCAAUGAAAGGUAAACACAAAACAAUUCAGGCAAUGAAAGGUAAACACAAAACAAUUCAGGCAAUGAAAGGUAAACACAAAACAAUUUAGGCAAUGAAAGGUAAACACAAAACAAUUUAGGCAAUGAAAGGUAAACACAAAACAAUUCAGGCAAUGAAAGGUAAACACAAAACAACUGACAGAAUAAAAUCUAAACUCAAAAAUAAUAAAAUGUCAGAAUAAAAACUAAAUACAAAAUAAAUGACCUAAUGAUGGCUAAACACACAAAAAAAUGACUGAAGUAAAGUUAAAUUAAAAACAAAUGACCUAAUGAAAUCUAAACCCAAACCAAAUGAGAGACUGAAAGCUAAACACAACAAAAUAUGAAAUAAAGGCUUAACACAAAACAAAUGACGGAAUGAAAGCUAAGCACAAAACAGAUAGCAGAAUAAAAGCUAAGUACAAAACAAAUGACACAAUGAAAGCUAAAUACAAAAAAAAAUGAUAAAAUGAAAGCUUAAUAAAACAUAAAUGACCUAAAGAAAUAUAAACACAAAACAAAUGACUUAAUGAAAGCUAAAUACAAAACAAAUGACAGAAUGAAAACUAAAUUUUAAAAAAAGAUUCAGCAUGGAAGCUUAACACAAACAAAUGACAGAAUGAAAGCUAAAUACAAAUAAAAUGACAGAAUGAAAACUAUUUUUUUUUAAAUGUCAGAAUGGAAGCUUAACACAAAACAAAUGACAGAGUGAAAGCUAAAUACAAAACACAUGACAGAAUGAAAGCUAAAUACAAAAAAAUGACAAAAUGAAAGCUAAAUAAAACACAAAUGACUAAAUGAAAGCUAAAUACAAAACAAAAGACAGAAUGAAAACUAAAUUUAAAAAAAAAAAAAAGAAUGGAAGCUUAACACAAAACAAAUGACAGAAUGAAAGCUAACAACAAAAUAAAUGAAAAAAUAAAAGCUAUAUAUAAAACAAGAAAAAAUAAAAAAAAAAAAAAAAAAAAAUGAAAAAUAAAAAAAACAAAAAAAACUAAAAGAAAACAAAAAACAAAACAAAAGACAAAAAAAAAACAAAAUUUAAAAAAAAAAAAAAGAAUGGAAGCUUAACACAAAACAAAUGACAGAAUGAAAGCUAACAACAAAAUAAAUGAAAAAAUAAAAGCUAUAUAUAAAACAAGUGCUAGAAUGAAAACUAAAUACAAAACAAAAGAGAUAAUGAAACGUAAACUCAAAACAAAUGACAGAUUUAAAGCUAAAUACAAAACAAAUGACAGAAUGAAAACUAAUUUUUUUUUUUUAAAUGUCAUAAUGAAAGUGUCAAGUUGUUAGAAUCCCUGAGCGGCUGUUUAGUGCCAGGCGAACUAUAAGUUCUGGUAUAGCGUAGGGAUACAAAGGGAAAGAGGGUAGUUCGGUAGCGUGUGCAGGUGGUCAGUUGGUCAGUAGAGCAGGGAGAGCUAGUGGGGUAGGACGCUGAACGCAUAAGCGUUAUUGUUAGGUAGUGUUUGUUAGUUGGUGUUAGUAGUAGUAAUAGUAGUAGUAAAUAGUAGUGUUAUGAUCCAAGUAGUAGGUGUAGUUCUUUGGCUAAACUUGUUAGCAGAACCAACACUACUAAUCGGAGAACGUAUUAGAUUAGAGAGUGAUGAAAUAAAAGCUUAGAACUAAUAACUCAAAGAACUCUUGUGUCCAGUGUUUGUGUACAGUGUACUCUUGUAUACUGGUUUAUAGUGAGUGUGUGUUAGUAAUUUAUCAUACCCCUAGGCCUAGACAACGGAGACGACACCAUCAAACACUAUUUUAAAUAAGCAAUUCUUGACAGAAAGCUUAACACAAAACAAAUGACCGAAUGAAAGCUAAACACAAAAUAAAUGAAAAAAUAAAAGCUAUAUACAAAUCAAGUGCUAGAAUGAAAACUAAAUACAAAACAAAUGACAUAAUUAAACCUAUACACAAAACAAAUGACUUAAUGAAAGUUAAAUUCAAAACAAAAAACCUAAUGAAAUCUAAACACAAAACAAAUGAAAGAAUAAAACUUUAACAUAAAACAAAUACCAGAAUGAAAGCUAAACACAAAACAAUUUGUACAAAUUUUUCUUCUUUCAGGUUUUGAAGCAAACAUUUCUACUUAUGUUUACCAAUAUGGUAAGCACGUUUCAAUUUCUUAUUAUUUUACUGACUAGCUUUACACAUAGUGGAAAGAUAUAUAAAGGCCUUAUUAUAGAAAAGCAAAAUAAGAUACCGAAAAUUUUUGCGAUUGUUUAAAUAAAAACAGAAAUAGAAAAUUAUUGGACAGACUCAAACACGCAUGCACGCACACAAUUAUACACACACAUAAACAGACUCACACAAACACACACAAACAGACACACACUAAACUGUAAACAACGAAACACACAUAAAAACAUAUGCGCGAUACAUAAUACACAGGCACAUAAUAAAAACUCACCCCACAAUUUCUAACACACACACGCAUAAACUCGCAAACACACAAACACACAUGAGAUCACAACCUCACAAACACAUAUACUCACACCCUUAGACAGCUAUGCCUUCUACAUUAGAUAUUCAGGCUUAAAUGAUUUUAUGUGUCCUUCCCCAGUGCUUGAUCACACCUCUCUUAUAGCUGCGGGAGCCGUUAUUCUGGGGAUCUUGUUGUUUGGAAUUUUGAUCUGCAUCAGUAAGUACGCACAAUAA